ACCCUCCUCCAGCCCAUCCCUGGUGGAGCUGGGCUGGGCAGGGCUGGCGCUGCGCGUCGCGGGGCUCCUUCCCAGCUGAGCCCGCGCGGUCAAUCGGGCACCCGAGCCCGGCGCGCGGGGUUAGGGAGGGCCGGGCGCUUUUGUGCUUUCGCCCCUCGAUCGUUCGCUUGCCCGCCCGCCCGCCUGCCCGCCUCUCCCUUUCCCGUCCUUCCUCCGGGGGCGGCGUAUUUGUGUGCACGGGUCGCGAACAAAGACCCCCGGGCGCACCCGGCGCGGCAGAGAAGGGCGCGGGGCGAGUGAGAAGAUCGCCUUCCCGGGAAUCGACUAUGGCGGAUCGCAGUCUGGAGAGCCUCUCUCUGCCGCUGGAGGUGAGAGCGCGGCUGGCCGAGCUGGAGCUGGAAUUGUCGGAAGGUGACAUCACACAGAAGGGCUAUGAAAAGAAGAGAUCAAAAUUAAUUGGGGCUUACUUGCCACAACCUCCAGCGGCGAAUGGAGCUGCCGCGGUACGGUGUAGACUGCAGCACAGUGAAGGGCCCGCAAGAAGGAUGCACCGCACUAGCAACAUUGGGGUCUGUGACAUCCGGGAAGCAGCAGCUAGAGAGCGCACAGCACCGCACAGCACAGCAGCAAACCGUCCCCUCUUUUACUUUCGUUUUGGAGUGGAUCAAGCACUGCCACAAGAACGCCGAACACCAGUAACUCCAUCCUCCUCCUCUCGAUAUCAUCGCCGUAGAUCCUCAGGGUCACGAGAUGAGCGCUAUCGAUCAGAUGUCCAUACAGAAGCAGUCCAAGCAGCGCUGGCAAAACAUAAAGAACGGAAAAUGGCAGUACCUAUGCCAUCCAAGAGACGUUCACUGGUGGUGCAAACAUCAAUGGAUGCCUAUACCCCUCCAGAUACAUCCUCUGGCUCUGAAGAUGAAGGUUCCGUGCAGGGCGAUUCCCAGGGAACACCAACCUCAAGCCAAGGGAGUAUAAAUAUGGAGCAUUGGAUCAGCCAAGCCAUCCAUGGUUCAACCACCUCUACCACUUCUUCAUCCUCAACCCAAAGUGGUGGCAGUGGGGCUGCACAUAGGCUAGCUGAUGUUAUGUCACAAACUCAUAUAGAAAAUCAUUCUGCCCCUCCAGAUGUUACUACUUACACCUCCGAACACUCAAUACAAGUGGAAAGACCACAGGGUUCAACAUCAAGAGCGGCUCCAAAAUAUGGAAAUGCUGAACUUAUGGAAACUGGUGAUGGAGUUCCAGUAAGCAGCAGAGUAUCUGCCAAAAUCCAGCAGCUAGUCAAUACUCUGAAACGACCCAAGCGUCCACCACUGCGAGAGUUCUUCGUGGAUGAUUUCGAAGAAUUACUGGAAGUUCAACAACCAGAUCCAAACCAACCAAAGCCAGAAGGAGCUCAGAUGUUGGCGAUGCGUGGGGAGCAGCUGGGCGUGGUUACGAAUUGGCCACCUUCACUUGAAGCUGCAUUGCAACGAUGGGGAACAAUUUCUCCCAAAGCUCCUUGUUUGACCACUAUGGAUACCAAUGGAAAACCACUAUAUAUUCUCACUUACGGUAAACUUUGGACUCGUAGUAUGAAAGUUGCUUAUAACAUACUGCACAAAUUGGGCACCAAACAGGAACCGAUGGUGCGGCCAGGGGACAGGGUAGCCCUUGUUUUUCCCAACAAUGAUCCUGCAGCUUUUAUGGUAGCCUUUUAUGGCUGCCUUCUUGCAGAAGUUGUUCCUGUUCCUAUUGAAGUUCCACUAACCAGAAAGGGUACUCCUCCUUCUGUCUGGAUUUUCAUAGAAGCCAAACCAAAUGAGAGCUCAUUUCUGAAGACUUUUCUUGCAAAAGAUGCAGGUAGCCAACAGAUCGGCUUCUUGCUUGGAAGCUGUGGUGUCACUGUAGCCUUGACUAGUGAUGCAUGCCAUAAAGGGCUACCUAAAAGUCCUACAGGGGAGAUACCCCAAUUUAAAGGCUGGCCAAAGCUGCUGUGGUUUGUGACAGAAUCAAAACACCUUUCGAAACCUCCUCGAGACUGGUUCCCCCACAUCAAAGAUGCAAACAAUGACACAGCUUACAUUGAGUACAAAACCUGCAAAGAUGGAAGUGUUCUAGGAGUGACGGUGACAAGGAUUGCAUUGCUAACUCAUUGUCAAGCACUCACCCAAGCUUGUGGAUACACAGAAGCUGAAACAAUUGUGAAUGUUCUGGAUUUCAAAAAAGAUGUGGGUUUAUGGCAUGGCAUCCUUACAAGUGUUAUGAACAUGAUGCAUGUGAUAAGCAUCCCGUAUUCCUUAAUGAAAGUGAACCCACUUUCAUGGAUACAGAAAGUGUGCCAGUACAAAGCAAAAGUAGCCUGUGUAAAAUCCAGGGAUAUGCACUGGGCAUUAGUAGCACACAGAGAUCAACGUGAUAUCAACCUCUCUUCACUUAGAAUGUUGAUAGUGGCUGAUGGCGCCAAUCCAUGGUCUAUUUCUUCGUGUGAUGCAUUUCUAAAUGUCUUCCAAAGUAAAGGCCUAAGACAAGAAGUCAUCUGUCCUUGUGCUAGUUCACCAGAGGCUCUAACGGUGGCUAUUAGAAGACCAACAGAUGACAGCAACCAACCACCUGGAAGGGGAGUACUAUCAAUGCACGGGCUUACUUAUGGAGUAAUCAGAGUGGAUUCAGAAGAAAAGCUUUCUGUUCUAACAGUGCAAGAUGUUGGUUUGGUGAUGCCUGGAGCCAUAAUGUGUGCUGUCAAACCAGAUGGAGUUCCUCAACUCUGCCGAACAGAUGAAGUUGGUGAACUCUGUGUAUGUGCUAUUGCUACAGGUACAUCUUAUUAUGGACUCUCUGGAAUGACCAAAAAUACAUUUGAGGUGUUCCCAAUGACUACUUCAGGUGCCCCUAUAAGCGAAUAUCCCUUUAUAAGAACUGGACUUCUUGGGUUCAUUGGCCCUGGAGGGCUUGUUUUUGUGGUUGGUAAAAUGGAUGGUCUGAUGGUUGUCAGUGGGAGGAGACACAAUGCAGAUGACAUUGUAGCUACAGCAUUGGCAGUGGAGCCAAUGAAGUUUGUCUACAGGGGAAGGAUAGCAGUAUUUUCAGUGAGUGUCCUUCAUGAUGAACGAAUAGUCAUUGUGGCUGAGCAGAGACCGGAUUCUACCGAAGAAGACAGCUUUCAGUGGAUGAGCAGAGUCCUGCAGGCUAUAGACAGUAUUCAUCAAGUAGGAGUUUACUGCCUAGCCUUGGUACCAGCAAACACACUCCCAAAGACUCCGCUUGGUGGAAUCCACUUAUCAGAAACAAAACAGCUCUUCCUUGAAGGAGCAUUGCAUCCCUGUAAUGUACUGAUGUGUCCACACACCUGUGUAACAAAUCUGCCUAAACCAAGACAGAAACAACCAGAAAUUGGUCCUGCCUCUGUGAUGGUGGGGAAUCUGGUCUCUGGAAAAAGGAUUGCACAGGCAAGCGGCAGAGAUUUGGGACAAAUAGAAGAUAAUGAUCAAGCUAGAAAGUUCUUAUUCCUCUCAGAAGUCUUACAGUGGAGGGCACAGACAACUCCUGACCAUGUGCUUUAUACUCUACUAAACUGUAGGGGGACAAUAGCAAAUUCUCUCACCUGUGUCCAGCUACAUAAGCGAGCUGAAAAGAUAGCAGUAAUGUUGAUGGAAAGGGGUCAUUUGCAAGAUGGUGAUCAUGUUGCUUUAGUCUACCCACCAGGCAUAGAUCUGAUUGCUGCAUUUUAUGGAUGUUUAUAUGCUGGCUGUGUGCCAAUAACAGUUCGGCCUCCCCAUCCACAAAACAUUGCAACAACCUUACCCACAGUGAAGAUGAUUGUGGAGGUGAGUCGCUCUGCUUGUUUAAUGACAACACAAUUAAUUUGUAAAUUAUUACGGUCUCGGGAGGCGGCGGCAGCAGUGGAUGUCAGAACGUGGCCACCUAUAUUAGACACAGACGAUUUGCCAAAGAAACGGCCUCCUCAGAUCUUCAAACCUUCGAAUCCUGACAUGCUAGCUUAUCUCGAUUUCAGUGUAUCUACAACUGGAAUGUUAGCAGGGGUGAAGAUGUCUCAUGCAGCCACUAGUGCCUUCUGUCGUUCUAUUAAGCUGCAGUGUGAACUUUAUCCUUCUAGAGAAGUUGCAAUUUGUUUGGAUCCCUAUUGUGGACUGGGGUUUGUCCUUUGGUGCCUCUGUAGCGUUUAUUCAGGACACCAGUCUAUUUUAAUUCCUCCCUCAGAAUUGGAAACUACACCUGCUCUAUGGCUUCUGGCUGUGAGCCAGUACAAAGUAAGAGAUACCUUUUGUUCCUACUCGGUUAUGGAGCUUUGCACCAAGGGCCUUGGUUCACAAACAGAAUCUUUGAAGGCAAGGGGACUGGACUUGUCAAGGGUGCGGACAUGUGUGGUUGUGGCAGAAGAACGACCCCGAAUAGCUCUGACACAAUCUUUUUCAAAGCUUUUUAAAGAUCUGGGCCUCCAUCCCAGGGCUGUCAGCACAUCCUUUGGCUGCAGAGUUAACUUGGCUAUAUGUUUGCAGGGAACAUCUGGGCCAGACCCAACCACUGUGUAUGUUGACAUGAGGGCUCUCAGACAUGACAGAGUGCGUUUAGUAGAAAGAGGAUCUCCCCAUAGUUUGCCUCUCAUGGAAUCAGGAAAGAUCCUCCCCGGCGUUCGUAUCAUUAUUGCUAAUCCAGAAACAAAGGGUCCCCUUGGUGACUCUCAUCUUGGAGAGAUAUGGGUUCACAGUGCCCACAAUGCCAGCGGAUAUUUUACAAUCUAUGGUGAUGAAUCCCUACAAUCAGAUCAUUUUAACUCAAGACUGAGUUUUGGAGACACACAAACUAUCUGGGCACGGACUGGCUACCUGGGAUUCUUGAGGAGAACAGAACUUACAGAUGCAAAUGGGGAACGACACGAUGCACUUUACGUAGUAGGUGCAUUAGAUGAAGCCAUGGAACUGCGAGGAAUGCGGUAUCAUCCCAUAGAUAUAGAGACAUCAGUAAUUAGAGCACACAAAAGCAUUACGGAAUGUGCGGUGUUUACCUGGACAAAUUUGUUGGUUGUUGUCGUUGAACUGGAUGGAUCAGAGCAAGAAGCCUUAGACCUUGUUCCUUUGGUCACCAAUGUGGUCCUGGAGGAACACUAUCUGAUUGUUGGGGUCGUGGUGGUAGUGGACGUUGGAGUCAUCCCUAUCAACUCCCGUGGAGAAAAGCAGCGAAUGCACCUACGAGAUGGAUUUUUGGCAGACCAGUUAGAUCCGAUCUAUGUGGCCUAUAAUAUGUAGUCUUAUAUCUUUAAGGUUUCCCAUGGACUGGACUCUAGAUGUAUAAAACACUUUUUUUAUGUACACUAAACAAUGUACAAGUAACGGUCUUCAGAAUGGAACUCUUUCUCUUAGGAUUUAUUGAAGUACCCAUUAUUGGCAGGACAUAAAAAUGUGAAAUGUGUUUCUUUUACCACUACAUUUUAGCACAGAAGGACUUUGGGGUACUGCCUUCGGUUUGUUGGAAAGCCCAUUACUAGACUUUUUAAAAUAAGAUUAUUUUUUGCUUAUUGGGAUGAAUACUGCUUUCUAAGUAAUAGGCUUUGUAUCUUACGUUAAACUGAAUAGCUUUUUUUUUUUUUAAAUCUGCCCCCACCUAGCCAUUCACCCACACAUGGAUAUUUUUGAACAGCUCAUAAUAUGACUGAAUUGUUUUGGUUUGCUUCUUUUUAAAAAUGCCUGUAUAAAAUCAAACUUUUCUCAUUUA